AAACCCAGCAGUUGGUUCCCAGUCGGCCUCUGGUCUUUCAGCAGAGUGACGUCAUGGGGGGCUCAUCAUCUUCUCAGUCCAAGCCAGAAGAGGAACCUGUGACGCGCAGCAGCAGCUUUGAAUUCCUGCCACCUAACAUGUCUGAGCUGAGGGUUGUUCUGCUGGGGAACAGCUGGUCUGAAAAGAGUUCAGUGGGGAACUUCAUACUGGGAGAGACUAAGUUCAACACUCAGGAAGAACCAGACGACUGUCUGAGAGUCAGUGGACGAUUGAAGGGGAAAGAAAUAGUUCUGAUCAACACCCCAGAUCUGCUGCUUCCCAGCAUCUUACAACAGAGUCUGAGAAGACCUCUAGAAAACUGUGUGAGACUCUCUGAUCCUGGACCUCAUGUGUUCCUGCUGGUUCUACAGCCUGAAGACUUCACUGAGGAACACAAACUGAGGCUCUGCAGAGUCCUGGAACUCUUCAGUCAUAGAUCAUUUGAUCAUUCACUGGUUCUGAUAUCAACACCCAGAGAGGAGAGCUCAGGUUUCAUGGAAAAAUACAUGAACCAUCCUCCCUUAAAGGAGAUGAUCAGAAAAUGUCACUACAGGUUUCUGUGGAGGAAAAACCUUGAACUUCCAGAGCUGUUAACUCGCCUGGGUCAGGUUGUGAAAGAGAACAAUGGAAAGCCUCUGAGCUUAAGAGAUAUGUCACCCAUGAUGUUCAGCAUCAGAUGUGGAUUUCAGGAGUCUGCCUAUUUAAGAGAAAUUGCAAGCAGCAGCAGCAAUGGCCACCAGCAGUCUGUGCGUAAGUUCAACUGA